AUGCUCUCCCUUGCCAAGCUCACCUCGCUCGUCGCGCUCGCGCUCGCCCUCUCGGCCUCCGAGGCUCAGGGCCAGAUGGUCAAGCAGGUCGUGCCCGACGCCCAGGCCGCCAGCCCGCGCAUCGCCCAGCCUGCCACCAUCCUCCAGCCAAAGUGCGGCACCGACGCGUCGUCGAGCUGCGUCAGCCUCAACGGCGUCAAGGCCAUCGUGUCGUUCGGCGACUCGUACACCGACUGCGGCAACCAGCGCGGCGGAACGUGCCCCAACCCCGUCCUGCCCAACGGCUCCACCGUGCCCCCCGCCACGGGCGCCACCGCCGACUACCAGUACGGCCGCCGCGCCUCCAACGGCCGCACCUGGGUCGAGGACCUGGCGCAGAACAUCGGCGCGCAGCUGUACAACUUUGCCUCGAGCGGCGCCACCGUCGACCGCAACAUUAUCCCCGCCAGCCGCUUCGACAACGACAUGGCCUCCGAGUACCAGAAGUUCCAGCAGGCCGCCAUCAAAACCAACCCGCAGACGACCAUGUGCACCUUCUUCUUUGGCAUCAACGACCGUGGCAAGGCCGCUUCGCAGGAUCUCCUCCCCAAGGCCGUCCAGAAGGAGCUGUCGUACGUCGACCAGCUCAAGGGCACCUGCUCGCAGUUUGUCUUCCUCGACAUCCGAGGUGGCGUCUUCAGCACGGCGCUCCAGAGCGGCGUCGCCAACCUGGCCAAGCAGGGCGUCAAGGCCACCUACUUCACCUACCAGAGCCUGUUCAACGACUUUGUCACCAACGCCAGCAAGUACGGCUUCAAGAAGACCGACCCCUGCCUCGAGAACACGUCCGACGGCGCCCACUGGAAGCUCGUCUGCACGCCCGACGAGGCCACCAACUCGCUCUACUACAUCGGCCAUCACCCUACCGGCAAGGCACACGCCGACAUGGCCGCCUUCCUCCAGUCGGCCCUCACGACGUGCUCGACGGGCAAGUGCGGCGCCUCGGCAUGA